UUUUUACCCGGGCUGGAGGCUGGAGAGGAGUCGAACGCACCCCGGAAGAUGGACGGCGGCGCUGCACCGGAGCGAACCUCGAACCCCGGCGACGGAGCCCCGCCUCAGGCGGGCGGAAGCCGAAGGUGGUGGUCGUAAUGGGCCCCACAGGCUCCGGCAAGUCGCGCCUGGCCAUCGACCUGGCGUCCCACUUCCCCGUCGAGGUCGUCAACGCCGACUCCAUGCAGGUCUACCGCGGCCUCGACGUGCUCACCAACAAGGUCCCCCUCGAUCAACAGCAAGGCGUGCCGCAUCAUCUUUUGGGCACCGUGAGCCCGAACGUGGAGUUCACGGCCAAGGCGUUUAGGGACGCUGCUGUUCCUCUCAUUGAUGAGAUCUUGUCUCGAAAUAAGUUGCCGGUCAUCGUUGGGGGUACAAAUUACUACAUCCAGGCUCUCGUGACUCCGUUUCUUCUGGAUGAUUCAAAGGAUCACAUGAAUAACGGCCAUUUAGAUGAAACUCCUGGUGAUGAGCAUGACGAUUGCGAAGUUGACUUCAAUAGAGACAGGGAGGCUCCCACCUUCGAUCGCUUGAAAGACAUUGAUCCAGUUGCUGCACAAAGAAUUCAUCCGAAUAACCAGAGAAAAGUCAAUCAAUAUCUUAAUUUGUAUGCUCAAUCAGGGCUCCUUCCCAGUGAACUAUUUCAGAGCAGAACUUUAGAGAACUGGGGGCGUGUUGAGAAUUCAAAGUACGAUUGCUGUUUUAUAUGUGUGGAUGCAUGUCUUCCUUUUCUCGAUCAAUAUGUGGAGCAAAGAGUUGACUGCAUGAUGGAAGCUGGAUUGCUUAAUGAAGUCUGCGACAUCUACUGCCCUAACUCAAAUUACACUCAAGGUCUGCGCCAAGCAAUUGGGGUUCGAGAAUUUGAGGAUUUUCUGCAGGUUUACAUUGGUGACGCUGGCGACUCUGAAACAAGCAGUUUUCAUGAUAAGAGUAUGUUGAAAGAAAACAUUGGGUUGAUCUUGGCAUCCCUGCCGACAAAUAAACUAAAAGUGUUAUUACAAGAAGCCGUUGACAAGUUUAAACUAAACACUCGAAGACUUGUGCGUCGACAGAAAAGGAGGGUCCGUCGACUACAGACAUUGUUUGGGUGGAACAUCCAUUAUGUGGAUGCAACAGAAGCUAUCUCAUGUCGGUCAGAAGACUCCUGGAUCAAGCAAGUAGUUCAACCUUCCGUGCAGUGUAUAAGAUCUUUCUAUGAAGAGAGAGUGAGCAUCGUGCCUGAUGAUGAAGCCCCAAAAGGCUCUGCUACUAAUCUUCUGCAAAGAGACUUGUGGACUCAAUAUAUUUGCAAAGCCUGUGGCGAUCGUGUGCUAAGAGGAGCACAUGAAUGGGAACAACACAAGCAGGGCCGAGCUCAUCGAAAACGAAGUGCACGGUUGAGAAAGUCUCUAAAUCAAGGCUUGGUCACUGUAGCGGAACAACAACAACGGUAGCAAUAAUAGGAGUCCUUUUAGGGGUUGGUUUAAAAAUUUAUAGCAACGUUUCAUAUGGCUAUUCAUCAUUAGUGAUGAGAAUGUUUAUCGUCCACAUCAGGUCAUCGAUGUAGCGAGAUUUUCGACCUUAAUAUGUUGUAAGCUACCAUGCUGAGCUUAAACUUUAGGCUCCCUUUUGUCCAUUAUUAUUGUCUUUUACAUUUACGUUUGACUGUUCUAUUGAUAUGCACGGUGAGGAUUCAUUCACGCAGAGUCUCGUGAAAUAGUGCUCGCGUAUCAAUGUAUUAUUCACGUUUCAGACA